AUGACCGCUGAUGUAUUAAAUUGGUUCAAAAACAAACUUCUCCCAAAAUUGUCACCAAAUACAGUGUUUUUAUUAGAUAACACCUCAUACCAUUCAGCACAGAAGCAAAAAAUCCCAAACACGUCGUCAAAUAAGAAAGAAAUAAAAAACUUCCUUAUGGCAAAUGAUUUGUACUACGAAGAAUCUUACACAAAAAAACAACUACUUGAAGUGUUAGGAACUAAAGACCAUAACAAAACAUUCAGAAUUGAUUGCAUAGCUGAAGAACGAGGGCAAAGAAUAUUACGACUAUCUCUAUAUCAUGGUGUUUUUAAUCCGAUUGAGCUAAUUUGGUCAGAACUAAUAGCUCUCAUAAAGCGAAAUAAUACCACAACGAAGUUCACCGCAAACACCACAAAUGUUAUCAGUAUUAUCAGGUUACCACUUAUUAGGGAAGAGGUUUCCAAAAUAUCACCGACUUGUUGGUCUGUGCGCGUCAUGUGA